AUGUCCAUACUGAAGCGGAAAGACGUUGUAACGUUGCCCAACCUACAGCACAACAUGACUAUUGUGGUAGCUACAGUCUGCCUCCAUAACCUUGCCAGGGAGCGUAAUGAUCUGCUGCCUGGAGACGAUGGUUCAGCUGAUGAAGAUGGACAACCUCAACAUGUAGCCAAUGAAGAGGUUGACGUAGGACAUGGCUUCCUCCGCCCUCUUCAUAACACCAGUUCGUCCCUCUGUACCAGCCCUGUUAGAGUUGUCCGAAGAUCGUUUGGUGCCACGUCUGAAAUAACAAACACAGAUAAAGUCUGUGGGUCUUGUAGUGUUGGAUACUAUGGAGCAGACUGUUCCCCAUGUCAGCAUCGCUGUAAAGAAGGAGACUGCGAUAAGGCUGAAGACACUGAAUGUCCGCAGGGCUGUCUGGAGGGAAAACGAGGGAUACGUUGUACAGAAAACUGUAACUCAGCAUGUUUGGAUUCAUGUGACUGUUGGAAUGGAGACUGUCAUGAAUGUGAAAAAGGAAAAUACGGACCACAGUGUAACAAAAUAUGUGAUCAUUGUGAUGACCAAGGCUGUGAUAAUGAAGGAUAUUGUAUUGAAGAUUGUGUACCUGGAUGGUCAGGUGAUAUGUGUAACAUUAAGGUAUUGGACUGUGAUAAAUGUUUAAAUAAGAAUUGUAACAGCUCGGGAUUCUGUCUUGAUGGAUGUAUGGAUAGGUUUUGGGGAAGUGACUGUAAAAGAGACUGUAAAUCUGGUUGUAAUGGAACAAUAUGUGACCAAAGAACAGGAUAUUGUUUUUUGGGAUGUGUAGAUCAACAUUAUGGACCAGACUGUUCUCAACAUUGUAGUAAACAUUGUAAACGUAACCCCAAGACAAACAAAAAAGACUGCAAUCAGUCAUCUGGUGACUGUUUAUGGUCAUGUCAAAGAGGUUGGUACCUCAAGAACUGCACGAUGCCAUGCAAUACAAAUUGUGUUAAUAAUCUUUGUAAAUUGGAAGAUGGUAAAUGUAAGAAAGGCUGUAAACUGGGUUGGUUUGGUAGUCAUUGUGGUCGUCAUUGUGGCAACUGCUCAAAUGAUGCAUGUGAUCGGGAUACUGGUGCUUGUUCUAAUGGCUGCAAACCUGGCUAUUACGGAGAAAAAUGCACAGUAAAUUGUCCUGAUCAUUGUAAUAGCAACACAUGCGAUCAAGGAUCAGGGGCUUGUCAUAAUGGAUGCAAACCUGGCUAUUAUGGAGGAAAAUGCACGGUAAAUUGUCCUGAUCAUUGUAAUGACAACACAUGUGAUCAAGAUUCAGGGGCUUGUCCUAAUGGAUGCAAAACUGGCUAUUAUGAAGAAAAGUGUGAAAAAAACUGCAGCACCAGUUGCAAGAAUGGCAAUUGUGAAUCCUCAUUUGGAAAGUGUAACGGAUGCGAAUCAGGAUUUCAUGGACAUUUUUGUAAUCUAAAUUGCAGUGCUAAUUGUAGAGAGGUGAACUGUAUACAAGAAAAUGGCGCAUGUGUUAAUGGUUGCAAAGAUGGAUAUUUUGGAAGUAACUGUAAUCAUCCAUGCAGCAGUAAUUGUAAGGACUCAAUCUGCAGCUCUGAUUCUGGACAAUGUUUUAAAGGGUGUGUGUCUGGAUGGUAUGGUAGUCUGUGCAACCAAUCAUGUUUCACGUGUAAAGAUUUCAGAUGUCACCAACUUAAUGGGACAUGCCCGGACGGAUGCCAGCCAGGUUCAUUCGGCUUGAAAUGUGACCUGAAAUGCAGUGGAAACUGUAAGCCUCGGGAAGACGAAACUCAUUACGUCUACUGUGAACAGAAAAGCGGAAAGUGCAUGAAUGGAUGUGUGCCAAGAAAAUAUGGUGAAACCUGCAGCAAGUCCUGCAGUAAGACGUGUGUUGGUGGUACAUGCUACCGUUCAUCGGGGGGCUGUACCAAUGGAUGUGAUACUGGUUGGAAAGGAGACUUCUGUGAUGAAGUUACCACUGCGAAGAACUGUACAGACAAAGUACCAUGGUGUCAAGAUUAUUUAAACCUUUGUAAUGACUAUCCUGUACAUAACGCAAUGUGAAAAUUGUGUAAGAAAAGCUGCGAUGUGUGUAAAGAUGGUAUGAAACUUGCAUUCCUUUUAAGUUUUAUGUAUACUUGAAGGAUAGAACCCUUAGUGUUUUCUCUGAUGUACAAAUGGACUCGUAUUAAUAUCGAAUAUAAUGAAUAUCAGGCUGUCUGCCAGAAAAUAAUUGGAGGGUACGAAAUAAAAACAUAAUG